UGUGUGUGUGUGUGUGUCAGAGAGAGAGAGAGCAUGUAGAGGAAAUGCUUUGGCGGGAUGAAGAGACUCACUGAACAACAUGCAGCUUUAAAGUGCACAUUUAAAAGCAACAGAUCAGUUUUCUUUCUUUUUUUUCUGGAGCCCUUAAAAGAUCUGACAGGGCUGUACUGAGGAACAUCUGGAGUUUUUGACAUUGAUCUCAGGAAGGGACGGACGCUCGCGCGCAUCUUAUGCAAUUAGGCAAGAGAAAACGAACCACUCAGAUUAUUAUUAUUAUUUUAUUUAUUUUUUUUUUUUGCGUGGGAUAUAUUUCUGACUUUGGACUUUAUAGACUACGGUGGUGUUCCUGAAGGGAUUUCUGUCACCCCAGUGAGUGGACACAGGUCUAGGAACUGAAGUGUCCCAGUAUGAGUGUGUUGGUGUCGCUGGUGCAGGUCGCAGCGGCUGUGGUCCUGACACUGACCCCCACUCAGUGUUCCCACUCAGGAACUACCAAGAGCACUUCUAAAGUAAUCCUGUUUCAGGAGGUGUGGGGACGGAGCUUCUGCCGCACCAUCGAGACACUGGUGGAUGUAGUGCAGGAGUAUCCUGGGGAGGUGGAGCACAUCUACAGCCCUUCCUGCGUGCCACUGGUCCGGUGUGCUGGUUGCUGCGGAGACGAGAACCUUGAGUGCCACCCCACGCUAACCUCGAACGUCACUAUGCAAUUAUUAAAGCUGAAGCCAGCGGAGCAGGGACAGGAGUAUGUGGAGAUGAGUUUUGUGGAGCAUAAAAGCUGUGAAUGUAGACUAAGAAAGCGUACACCAAAACAUGACAGGUGGAAGCCAAGAGGGAGGGGAAGAAAAAGAAAGGAGAAACAGCGAGUAAAAGACUGUGAUGGGUGCCAGCCUCCUCGAAGGUAAAUGCAGUUCCUUCCUGUUCUCUGCCCAUCUCGUACUGCCUGCCCCUUCAAUGUACUGCCAGCCUCUUACAGCAUCCUGCGUCACCUCAACCUCCAGAUCCAAGAUGCACUGUUGUCAUGGUGAUGGGGAGAUCACCGGGGACAUUUCAUAUACAGGAAGUACCUUUUGUGAGGUGAUACCCUCAGACUUGCGUCUCACAAAUUUCCUGAGGAGCAUAACAGUGAUGGGCCAGACCUAGUGUCAGAGCUAGAACAUGAGCCUACAGGACACUGGCUUUAUAAAGUAAAAGAAAAUCUAUUAUUAUUAUUAUUAUUAUGAUGAUUAUUAUUAUGAUUAUUAUUAUUAUUAUGCACACAAUCUAUGACACAUCACAUAUUUUUAUUUAUUGCUUGCAAACCAGAAGAGAGAGAGCAUGUUGGGUUGUUUUUGACUGAAUACUCUGCUGAAGUUUGGCAUGAGUAAAAUUGGGAUUUUUUUUUUUUUUACAAAUAAAAAUUUAAUCACCAAAGACAGAUGGUUUUGCCAGAAAACCAACAAUCAUCAUUUCUGAUGGUUUUUUUUACCAACAUAAGCAAUAAGUUGUAUUAUUAAUACCUUUGUAUUAAUGAGUUCUCUGAGUAAAUGUAAUUAAAUAUGCAGUAACUGAAAGCUGAUGGUUAUGCAAGCAUUUAAAGCUGGGACAAAGACCAAGCAACUCCUCCCUUUUUAGUAAUAUAUUGCUUGUUCACAAAUACCAGUCCCUGUGAAGAGUUUUCUCUCCCUGUCUCCUCCCUGUCCCCCAUGACCCUAUACACGGUUGUACCAUUAGCAGACUGUCUGUUGGUUUGGCAUUCUAGCUGUCAGAGCUCCAGCCAAACAUCUCUAAGAUUGUCUUGUCUUACAAACAUUCACUCCACAAACCAAAUUUUCAAGCUUGAAUAAGUUCACAUAAAGACGGGUGCACAUGGACUGCAUUAGAGCUCAAAGUGACUUCUAAUAUGAUUUGUACAUUGAUUUAGUGACCUCUAAUGGUAUUGAGAAAGCAAGUCAAUAUAUUAUCAUUUUCUAAAUAUAAAGAUACCUGCUGUACCAUACAUAUGAUUUAAAUCAUGACAGUUCAUGGAAGAGUCGAUAAAUUUAAGAGUCUGUGAUUUUGCAAUAUGAAAGACGAGUGUAAAUCAACAUAAAUUGAAGUUUGAAAUAAAAGUACAUUAUUUUUUUUCUAUUAAAAUGGUUCAUAAAAGGAUGGGUUCAGGUCAACAGCAUGAGUCUCAACCCAAUAAAUAAAUAAAGUAGUAGUAAUAAUAAUAAUAAAUAAAUAAACAACACCUGCUGCUAAGACUACUUGGCCUAUAAAUACAAAAGUGACAAAAUCAGUUUAACAAUCUUUCAUCAAAUUAAUAUUGUGUAAAUUCUUUCAUUUCUCAGAUUUUAGCACAUCACCAGAUAUAGAAUUGUAUUGUACUUAAACUGGCAGCAUUUUCAUUGUGUUGCUGAGUGUGAACAUAAGAGCAAUUUUUUUUUCAUUUUUAUUACCAUCAUGGGUCAAGAGUUUUAAAAGUUAUUUUCAGUUUCAUGUAUAUUGUACAUAUUUAUAUAUGAUCUUGAUAAUGUAUU